CUUUCUUCAAGACAGGGCCGCUUUCGUUUCCUUCCACGUGAACUGUUCUGUUUCGUGUCCUGCGCCCACAAGUGAGACGGUAGCUGUCAUUUCACCUGGUGAUGGCGAAUCACAACAACAAAGUCGUGAUCGUUGGUGCAGUUGGCGUCGGUAAAUCAUGUUUCCUCAAUACAUUCACGAAGGAUGAGGGGACCACAGAAGAGUUUCUAGCAACUGUUCGGCCAACAGUUUGUACGGCAGUUUCUCCGGAUGUUGUCAAAAGGACGGUUGACGUCGAUGGAACAGAACUGCCUCUUGAAAUAUGGGACACUUCUGGAGAAGAGCGGUUCUGCAAUCCACUUGUGAGCACGUUCUACCGGAAGGCGGACGCAGCGAUUGUCAUGUACGAUGUUACACGUCCUUCCAGCUUUAGGGAAGUAUACUUUUGGGCAGAUCAGGCCAGAACCAUGUCUGGGAACGAGAAUCUGAUGCUCAGCUUGGUCGGCAAUAAAGUUGAUCAGAUGCAAUCCAGGAAGGUUACGCCAGGAGAGGGAAAAGUGGUGGCAAAUAAACUUGGUAUCGAUUUCUAUGAGGCAUCAUCUCGUGACAAGCUCUCCGUGAAUCACGUCUUUCUCAGUAUUGCAAGAAAGUAUGCUGCUGCAAAGCGUGCAGGCGUCUUCCACGCGAUGGAGACGGAGACGGAGGCAGAGCAAGCCUUGAAGCUGUCCACAUCGAAGAGCAGGAAAGUUCGCCCGCGUAAGAAAUGUUGCUGACAGUGAUACAUUCCGAAACCUCAUCUUGUAUUAUAUCUCCAUACGCUCAUGACCCAUAGAGAAGACCCGGAUACGUCGUACAGCAGUGAUCCUCCUAUCAUUCAAUAAACCACAGUCAUGUUAAAUUUC